AUGUUUGCUUCAUUUGAAAUUCACGCCCUGCUGUCAGCCACACUGCGCACAUAUCAAAAGGCCGCCUGUGACACAGAUCAAGUUGUAAUUGCAUGUCCACGUGGCACCAGCAUAUCGAUUGAGUUUGCACAAUAUAAUAAAUUUAUAGCCAAAGAUGGCAUCAGUAUUGAGGAAUUGUGUCCUGCAAACAGCGAGGGAACCAGUGAGAAUCGUUCCAAAGCUAAACACCUACUACGUGGCUCAACGUUCGGAUCCCCAACACAAAAGGUGCCCGCAAAUCGCUAUGUUAAUGGCGCACAUUUAUCCGAAUUCACUAGCACAAGUGGCUCCGCAGGCAGCAUAGGUGCUCCCACGACCGCGGAUGACACUUCAGCAUCCACAACAACAAGUAGUGACAACGAUGACAAUAUACCCGACAAUUGUAUGUGGCCGAAUGCUUUACAGUAUUCGUUGUUGCAGACCGUUGUCGAAGCGUGCCAGAAGAAGAAGCACUGCAAAUUCAAUGCUCGGCCACAGUUCUAUGGACUGGGCGCCAGUGGCGUCGGCGAAAGUAGUGGAUCCUCCAGCACAUAUCACAGCACGACUGUCAGCACGAACAUCAUCAGCAUGGAUCCCUGUCCGAAGCGAAGGAAAAUUGUGGAAAUCGCAUACAAGUGCCGUCCAUAUGAAUUUCGAAGUAAAGUGGCAUGUCAUAAUGAUGUAGCUCAGCUGGAGUGUAACCCGUAUUCACGAAUAGCUGUUUACAGUGCAAGUUUUGGACGAACAGAGUACGAGAGCAUUCAAUGCCCACAGCCUCAGGGAGUUCGAGAGGAAACAUGUUUGGCGUCGUAUGCCACCGAAACCGUUAUGCAAAUAUGCCAUGGACGUCGUAGAUGCAAUCUGGCCGCAGAUGCCAAUACAUUUGGUUCGCCAUGUCAACCCAAUUCACGGAUGUAUCUGAAAGUUGUUUACACUUGUGUGCCGAAACAAGUGCUCAUGGAUCGCUACGAAACAGAAAUUGAAGCUGAUGAACCAGAAGACUUCGAGGGCGAUGUUAAUGAUUUGUACGAUGAUGAAUUGUUUUACAAGGAGUCGGAGGCAAUUCCGAAGCUGUACAGUAACACCACUGUUCCGGCGGCACGCAACAAUGCCAGCAUUACUCUGAAUGGAACCUACAAUGCAGUGACAAGUGUUAAUAGAGCCAAUAAUGCCACACUGGGUAUGUUUGAGGGUGAUAUGGGCGGCGUUAAUCCCGUAAUGACACACAGCGCCGACAUGACUCUGGAAGACGACCAGGAACGAUUGUUUGUUUAUCUGCUGACUGCCGGUUCGUUGGGUGUCAUACUCUGCAUAGUUGCGAUUGCGGUUAGGCUAGUGGUUCUCAAACGUCAUGAUAGUGCAACUGACACUCAUUCAACUUCGUCGGGCAAGGGAGGUCCGGUCACUGGUGCCUGCUCCGGGGGCAUUGCGGGCGUCGAAGGAGUCGCUGAGACUACAAUACCGAACGGUUUCAACGACACAAUUUCCGAAGUAGAUGCUGACAUCGAUUUGCAAACGCCAAUUCCGGUGCCAAGUGUGUCAAAGAACGAG